GUACCCCUGGGACACCAUCCCGCCUCUGCCUCGGGCAGGGGACAGGCAACACAUUUGCCAGAGUGCAGCAGGGGGACACUGGCACGUCCGGCCCACCUCAAAGUGACAGGAGCGGAGCAUCCCAGCAAUGGAACGUUAAUUCACGCUCCCUGCUUGUAGCACACAGGGGGACGGAGGGUGUUAAUGACUAGAGUGAUAUCUCCUUUCAAAACAAAUAUCUGGAAAGAGCAAAGAAGACAGAAAACUGGCCGCUCGGACUUGUUGCAUCGAAGUUGUUGGCCACUGUGUCUCAGUGUCUUUCAGACGGUCAGGUGACUACUUCAGGCUGUGCGUCUCUCUGAAGAGGACCUUACCUGAGCUCUGUGGGGCAACUGAAUGUGAGUUCAGCUGCUCUCUCUCUGUCUAUUCAGUUUCAGCUAACAGAGUGGUGUGGUUGCACCUAUCCAGGAGGGCUUACAGAGGGAUCGGGACGAAGCGGGUAGUCAGAUGUCCGGCAGAUUAAGAGGGCUUCGAGACCUUGGCAUUUUUUUUGUUGAGUGACCCAUGUAAUAAAAAUGGAUUCCUGACAUCAAGGCCAGUAAGACAAGCUUGAGCCUCUUCUGUUGAGGUGAUACUGAGCACCUUUUUCCUUUCCUUCUCUGUAGUUUGACGCUGACAGAAAAACACUUGCCGGGUGUUGAUUUAUAGACAAUAAAAUAUCCACACAACAAGCUUAGCUAUCUGAUAUUCCAUACAGCCGUCAGAGCAGUCUGACACAGAAUCAAUCAGAGAACACGUGGAUGGCAAGAGUUUGAGGACUCUGUGCACUGGAAAGGAAGAGUGAGUGAGUGAGUGAGCUACAGGGGUGUGAAUAGUGGAGUCAGUGAGUGAGCACUCAUCGUCCAUCCUCGGGGACAGAAACUUUCCACCAGCGCAAUCCAACAACUUCUGUUCAAAGACCCCGAGAGCUGGUGGCUGCUGUCUGUUUUCUCUCUCUCCUUCUCAAUUUCUUCCACUACACUUGGCGGGGCAAUAAAUAGCCACAGGUGUGUGGAGCUGCUAUCUAAUCAGAACUUAAUUUAACACUGCCGCAAACAAAAUAUCCGACAAAGGCGUUCGAAAAUAACCUGCGACCCUCCCUCACUCUCUCUCUCUCAGCUCAAUGAGGAAGUGAAAAGAGUGUGUGGCCUGGAAAGUUAGGUCUGCACCCAGAGGAGAGGGUUAGGCGUGGAGCAGCCAGAGAGGGUGUGAAGUGGGGUGGACACGUGUAUCCUUGUCGUCCAGCUAGAGGGGGAGCAGUGGCUUCUCCAGCCUGUCUGCAGCUCACCACACAUUAAAAUAACCCAACACCCACCAGAGGGAGGCUGCUGCCCAGCGGGUGUGAGGACUGGACACACUUCAAGAGAGGAGCCCACCGCCAGACUGAUAGAUUGGAGUGUAAGAGCACACUACGGGAGAGCUUUUCUCUACUUUUACAGAGUGAAGGACUGAGAGGAGUUUAUUUGCCAAACAAGAUCCCCUUUGCAUCAUGCCUCUGAGAGACUCAGUCACGCUGCUGCUCUGGAGUUGCUGUAUACUACUGCUCGUCCACCAAUGCGAGGGUCAAGUUCUAAAUUGUACGUGUAAUGUGACCAACAGUCGGUGUGAUGAGAAUGCUGUGUGCAGGUGUGACCCGGGUUGGGAGGGGCAGCAGUGCGAAGUCUGUGUUAGAAUGCCAGGCUGUGUCCAUGGAUCAUGUCACCAACCCUGGCAAUGCACAUGCGAGCCUGGAUGGACGGGACGCUUCUGCGACAAAGAUAUCCAUGUGUGUACAAAUGAGGCACCUUGUCAGAACGGUGCAACUUGUUACACCAACAUUUCAGGGGAAUACUCCUGCCUCUGCCCCAAGGGAUUUUACGGGAGGAACUGUGAGCACAAGACAGGACCCUGUCAUAAGAUCGGCAGGUCUCCAUGUAAGAAUGGCGGGCAGUGUGAGGACAGUGGUGGCUAUGCACCAGAGCUCUCCUGCCGCUGCCUGGCAGGCUUCACCGGGCAGCGUUGCGAGACCAACAUGGACGACUGCCUGAUGCGCCCCUGUGCCAACGGUGCCACCUGCCUGGAUGGCAUCAACCGCUUCUCCUGCCUCUGUCCCGAGGGCUUCACGGGCCGGUUCUGCACCAUCAACCUGGACGACUGUGCCAGCCAGCCCUGCCUCAACGGAGGGCGCUGCCUGGACCGCGCCAGCACCUUCCACUGCCUCUGCAAACCUGGGUUCACUGGCAGGACCUGCGAGGUUCCCCUACGGAGCCCAGAGAGCCAAGCACCCAUCAGGAGCUCCCAUGGCUGGGCUGGGGGAGGAGAGGGCUGGGGUAGGGUGACUCAGGCCAGGCCAGACCAGAUCACAACCGGCGGGAACCACUCUCAGGGCAGCAGUAACAGUAAUAGUGGAGACCGGCUGCUGAAGAUCUCUGUGAAGGAGGUGGUAACCCAGCGCGGGUCGUCUGGCCUGUCGGAGGUGCAGCUCAUUACCUUGCUGGUGCUGGGGGGCAUGACGCUGGGCGUGGUGUCGCUCACAGCUGGCCUGGUGCUGAGGGGGCAUUGGCAGGACCGCUGUGCCAGCUGCCGGUGCUGUCCCACCCCCCGCCUGCACCCGCUGAGACACAGAGACCGCCAGCCGACUCCGCAGAGCCACCUAGUCACAGUGGAGCAGGAGUGUAAGAUCAGCUUCCUGCACACGCCCACGGCCCCCGAACUGGAGAAGAAGAAACUGAACACUAAGGUGAUUUAGGCUAGGUUUACCAUCUCCACAGCCCUGAAGACAGGACAGGAGCAGAGAACAGACUGCUUUCAGCAGAGGGAAAGCCAUGCUUUUAAUCCCAGCCCUGUCUCCAUGACUGAUUGUCUUCAGUACUGACAGUCAAAAUACAGACAACAUACCAAUCUAGGAAUCGAUACCUAGAAAGACGCAGGACCAAGAAGAGACCAGUGGGUCUGUUCAAGGAGAAAUGGUAGGAGAAUGUGUUUGACACUCCUAACAAAAAUAGCAUAGUCCUAAUAUGACGGAUUAUUGCUUGACCACAGGGGUAAGAGGUGCAUAAUUACAAAAUAUACUCAAGUCUUUUGGUGACCUGUUAGAAAUGUGUCACAGAAAAUGAAUGUGUAAUUUGUCCAUUCUCUAAAUCUGCUGUUGCGGUUACUUGGCAUAAACUGCACGUAAGAUAGGCGUACUGACAGACAGCUUUGGAAUGUUAGCCGAGACAAUGCCUUUUUCAUGUCAACCAAAUUGGUGUACAGGUAUUUGUCAAUGCUGUUCUAGUCACAAUAUUAGGCCAAAAUGUUAGACUUGAAUGCAGAUGUGCAAUCUGCCCAUAUAUUUUCAAAUGGGCUCAGACAUCAAAGCCUUGGAACAAAUUCCCUGCUUAGAGCUCUGCAGUGAGCAGAAUUCAGACAUCCAGACAGAAAAAAUAUGACCUGAGUUCAUGUUAUGUUUCAACAAUGUACUUUUUAUACGACUGCCUAAAGAACUGCAACAUGUACUUUGUUAAAUUAUAAUUGUAUUAUUUUGUAAAAAGUAAUGUGUCUACUAUUAUGUCAACAUUGAAACCUAAUUGUGAUCUGCUAUUGCUGUAUGGUGGUUACAGAUGUAGGAUCUUAAUUUGAGCCAGUUUGCGACAGUAGGAAAAUAAUCCUGCGCAACAGGAAAUGUGA